UGCAAUACAGAUAGGGGUAACUGGAGGCUAAAAACCGUUGCAUGUACUGUUGUCAUAGACAAUUCUGAAUUGAACAUUUAAAAUUUAUGGGUUAAAUCGCCUUCACUGGAAAAUAAAGUAAUAGGGCUCAAUGACUGGAUCGGCAAUAAAAAAUGUCGAUUAAUGUGACAGUGAAUGGGAAUCCUGUGUGCGUACGACGAAGAGUUGUUCUUUCGGAUUGGGAGCAAAUCAAGAAGAAUGAACGUGAACGCAGGAGAAGGUUACGACUGGAGCAGGUUCGUGAGCAGUCGAAGGAGAUGUCGAGUAAACUAUUGGACAGAGCGAAGAACAUCGCCAAGAAAACCCUGAACGAUAUAGAAAAUGACAAGGACUCAAAGCUCCGGCGAAUGCACGAUAAAAAAAUCAUGGAGAUACAACAGAAAUACCAAGAGGACAUGGAGGAUAUCGGAUUGGCUCAUGCAUCAGCUGCAGCACAACCUGAUGUUGAAGUUAUCUUGGAGACUGAACGUCGCAAGAAUCAAUUGGCAGCUGCUGCGAGGGGCCGAGAGGCGUCUCAACAAUUGAAGGAGUCUGCGAUGCAAGAAGAUCCGGCGAAAAAACAGCAGGAGCGUCUCCGUCAGGUGCGAGAGAUAGAAAACGUUAGAUCUUCAAUGAUCGCAAAUCUUUCGAAACGCUCGCCUCCCAGAUCCAAAGGGCCAUUACCGGUCCCCUCCUCGGUUCCCCAGCCCUCGCCAGCCUCCACGAUUCCCCUCAGUCUGGCAGAAACUCACCAACAAUCUCCUAGUCUCCGUGGAAAUUCUUCGAAAAAGCGAAAACACAAAAAAACUCUUACGAAAAAAUCUCCCUCAAAAUUAAUCUCAAAACCAGCCACGAGAACGACCUCUCAGACUUCACGCCCCACUCAGCGUAUUGUGGUAGAGGUCCAUCAGAAGGACUCUCCACCUGAUCGUCGACUACGAUCCCCAGAGGUCUCAAAUCCCUCGAAGCCCCCGAGAUCAAACGAGAAACCCGAAAUAUCUGAAUUCGACCGGAUCGAAGAGAUCGGAAACCAGGAGAUAAUUGAUAAAAAUCAUCAGUACAAUCCAACGGAUUAUCAGCAGAAGCCUUCCUCAUCCAGCAGCACUCCCUCAGUGAGCGACGACUCCUCGUACUUCUCAGACGGUGCAGCCAGCAAUAUUCCGCAACAAAUCCCUCCAAAAAAUGUCCCAUUGAAGCUCAAAUCCCCCACAAAACCGAUUUCUCCCAGCAAAGUUCAUCUCUAUGAUUACAAUACUCGCCAUACUGAUGCCUACAACCGUCCUCCAGGUGUUGUGGAGCGACUCGAUGUCGUGGACGAGCCGAACGCAAUCGAAGUGGCCCGAAAGGCCUCAACCCUUCAGAGUAAAAAAUCAAACUCAAUCCAGAAUCAACGGGCUAAAGCUCAACAACGAGGAACCAACGCAGCCCUUCGUGAGAGAGUGAAGAAGGACUAUCACGAUUUGAUUCAGAAAUUAGAUCGUCUGUCUCGAGAGGAGCAGAAGUUGAAGGCGAGUCAAAGGUGUCAUCGAAAUAUUUUAAAUAAACAACAAAGACAACUGAAGAAGGAUAUGAAGCAAGCUGAGAUGAAUCGAGCAUUUGAGUCAUCUCGAAGCAAUCCUAUUGAGAGAAUUAUAACGAUUCCCCGUCAUAGCGAUGGGGAAUCGAUGUCUGACAGUCCCUGCGAUAGUGUUUACGAGCGUUCAGACAAUUCUCCAGUGGAAGACAAUCAUCCUGAGGAGCCCCCGCCAUCUCGUAACGAACAAAUUCUCGAGAUGUUGAAGAAAGUCGAGCGUCAGAAGCGACUCCUCUUGCAGGAAUUUGGAGCUACUCUUCCAGAUUCAGUUUUCAAUGCCAGUAUGACACGUCUUUUCGAUACUCAACGAAAAGAUGAGGUAUCCCAAGGAGAGAGACCAGAACAGAAGCCGGAAUCUCCAGAGAUAAAGAUAAUCAAGGUACCCGAAACCAUCAGGAAGCCUCAGAGGACCGAGACAGCUGUUCAGACGUCUCAUACCUCCCCAGACAUUACAGUUGUCAACGACAAAAGCACUCAGGUUGAAUUACUCGAUCCAUCAUCAAUGAAGAUGGACAGUACGUCUGAGCCUCUAGAAUAUGUCGAGCCAAUUGUCAGGAUUAUUCAUCCAGAGGUUGUGGCCAGCAGUAGUGACUCGUCAGCACCAGGAAUUCUCAUUGACUUCAGCAAGCAACAGGUCAAGGUGACUCCAACAAAGCGAAAAUUGUCCAAACGAAAAACUCCAAAAUCAUUGCCAACUAGUGGUAGAACAUCUCCGGUGAAGAGAAGCCCUGAAAUUGCAACGCUUCCAGGAUCUGCAUCAGCAUCAGCACCAACAUCACGAGUCUGCAGUCCCCAGGAGGUUAUCGAGGAGGAAAAACCGAGGAAGUAUAAAUUACCAGAGCGUAAGAAUGUUCCAAUUGCUGAUACCAGCACUGAUGUGUCAUUUGGACAGCCACCGAGACAGAGGGAGCAGGGAAAAUCGUACGUUAGAGUUAAACAAACGAUUUUAAAGAGAUAUUAUAACAAUACUUCUGACACUUCAACUUCCUACGCCAGUUUGCCAGCAGUUCAGCCAGGCUCAUCGUAUCCUGAGGCAAUCGCCAAUAAUAUGACGCCAAUUUUGCAAAUGCUGGACUCUUCUGCCAAUGACAGUGUCAUAAGGAGAUUUGGGGAGAGGGACAUUAGCCCUGUGUCCACUCCGGAGACUCCCUCACCGAGGAUUUUGAGGAUUCCUUCCAAUGUUCCUGAUGCUGAGAGGCUGGGGAGGGUCCUGAGGUUUGAUACGACGGAUACACAGGAGGCGACGGACAUCAGAAGACGAAGGAAAAAAUCGAAGGAGAGGGAACGCCCGAGGAAGAGCCCCAGGAAUGAAGUGAGCUAUGAGGAUGCGGAUGAACAAGUUUGUAGAUGCAAAAAUCCACUCUGCAGACUUGUUCAUCAGGAUCUUGCGGGUGUGAAGGAGAAUUUAGGACCGAGCAAACCUGAGACCCUUAAGAAGUACGAUGAAUUGCAAAACAUUUGCACUGAGAGGAUUGCGUCACUCAAUGCCCUUAUCAAGCAAGUUAGGGAUGAGCAACAAGAAGAUUAUUCGCUAACAGCACCUAGUGAUGACACCUCCCUAAUGCAGAUGCCAGCUCCCCGUCCACGAGAUAGUAUCCAAAGUGUUCAAAAAUUGGUAGAAAGUAUCGAGGCAAUUCACAAUCAGCUGGCAAAGACCCUGCAGGAGUCUCAAAAAAUCAUAACGGGCAGUUUGAACGCUUCCAAAGGUCUAGAUUCCCCGAAACUCCCCGAAUCGUCGACCCCAGUCCUCCAAAAAUCCCAGGAAAGUCCAAAAUCUCCAAGCCUACCCCGACCUCCUUCCUCACCCCAGCCAGAACUAAGAAAGAAGCCGACGGUGAUCAGCGAGGAAACUGUCAAAAUCAAUCUCCAACGCUUCAGACCGUCCCUCCCUAAGAAGGAAGUUUCUUCUCACCCUCAACCAUCAACAUCAUCAGCAACGCACGACGACAUAGUCGAAAAGCUAUCACUAGAAAUCCUGGAGCAAACUAAAAGUUCCGAGAAGAUGAGCACCUCCAGGAAGAAGCUAGAUUCUCCAGUAAAACGAGAAAUGCCAAAGGUAUCGUCUCCAAUUAGAACAGCACCUGGAGAAACUUUUGUUCCUCUUCUCGCCGGCAUUCCAAAGGCCCCAAAACCCUUUCCCAAUAUUCCCCAGGGUAACGGUCAUCGUCGUCCACCCCCUGUGAAUCACCCCCUUCAAUAUGGCAUCGAGGCCCUCUCUCCACCCCAUGAACUUUCAACAAUCGCAGAAUUUGAUACACCAGACACUGGAAAUCGCAGCCACAUCAGCACCAGAAGUCCAACGGGAAAGUCUAGAAGACCAAUACCCCUUGGCAUUCCUCAGGUGCAGGAAAAACUAGUGGAGGAAGCUGUUGUCCAUGAAAGCAAGACUAAGCAGUCGUCAGGGGAAGAUGAGAGAGCACCCGCCGAGCAGAAGUACUCCAAUGGCUCUGUCAAGUCAACGGAUUCAGCUGGAGGCAAUCGUCAGAUGGAAAAUCAUCGUUCGAAUAAACUAAUAACAUCUAGCAGUUCCAAUAGCUUUUCUGGACUAUCUGGAAUUUCGGAAAUUGUGAGUACUCCAACUUCAGACGCAGCUGCCUGGGCCUCAUCUCCUCCAGAAUAUAUUGAGGAUCAAUUAAGGAAAUUAGGACUUGGGUGGGCCAGCUCUUUUCUCAGGAAAACCAGGAAAGCCAGUGCUCUGAGUUCUUCAUCAAGCUCUGACAUCAGUCUGCAUUUGACAGUGAGGCGAAAUAAGUCACCGGUUAAAAAAAAUGAAAGCAGCACUCCUCUCACUGGACUUCCGGACUUCAGUGAUGUUUCCUCUAUAUCGAUAAAGGAGGCUAGCAAAAGCACGGAGAGAGCUGUACUCAUGAAGGGCAGAACUUCAACACCUAAUAUACAGAACUCUAAUUACAGUAUUGGACAAUCGGCUGCGAUGACAACGUCAACUGCAACAACAACGACACCAGUCAGCAGUGAUGGUUAUACUCCUGGUGAGCAUAAUCAGGGAUCAAUAAUGACCCAUCAAAUUGCUGGACCUAUGCCUAAUCUCCAGCAGAUGAGUGAGAGACCUAAGCACAGAAAGGGCCACAUGAUGAGACACAAGAGUCACAUGAUGAAUGGAGCACCUGCUGUUAACAUGGCUCCAUGUGUCUCAGCAUUUCCAGUGUCUGGACACUCGCAGAUGGCAUUUCUGCCACAUGGGCAUGUGUCAUUGAGGCCUAAUACUGGAAUGUAUGCAAAUUUUUCGGGAUAUAGGCCUAGUUAUCCUGGAAAUUUUCAACCCAAUGGGGAGAUUAUGUUUCCGUAUCCACCACCCACUACUGGUGGUACUCCACCACCUGCUACUAUGCCACCAUCGACGAUCACUGUCGUUGUUCCAUCACCUUCACAACAGAGCUAUAUGGCGCCUGCUGCUGUUGUACCAUUCACGGCCACCGUCCAACAAACCAAGGUCUCAUGUUAUAAUUGUGGAAGCAGUGGGCAUCAUCCGGGGGACUGCAAGGAUCAGACAAUGGAGGAUCUUACAAAAAGAGCGCCAUAUCGAUUAGAUUAUUCAACAGCAAAGCAGCUUGGUGAUUGUCCAAACGACAAGUGAUCUCUGAAUCGGAGUGGGGCCAUUAAAACCGUAACAACGACCCAAGCCACAUUGGCCACAGUACGUCACGAUAUUAAAUCAAAAUUCCAUCAUAAUUCGCCAAAUUGCAGACUAUACCUGCAAUUACUCGUUGAAAUACCUUACAAUCAACAUUACAACGUCGAGAGAGAUUUUUUAAAUGCUGAUCUAUCACAAUUAACUCUACCAGGUACACGUUUUGCAAGUUACUAUUUAUGACCCACAUUGUAAUUGUUACUAAUAUUAUUAUGAAUCUUAGAAAAUAUCUAUACAUAUAUACGAUAUAUUGAUGAUAUUUAAUAUAUGUAUACAUAUUUAUUAAUUAGUCGUGUACAGAGUACGAAAUAUCGUGAAUAUUACUAUCUAAUUUUCGUUUUUUUUUCGAUCACAUUUUAUUUAUAUCGCUCUUUUCAACUAAUUAGUUAGUAUUAGAGGUUUAUUAUGAAAAAGAAAAACAAAAAAGAUGUAAAUUGAAAAAAAAAAAUAA